AUGAGGUCGCACCAGUUAUCCAAUGUGCUUUAUCGAAGCCCAAUAAAGAAGAACAAGGUCAAGGCCAAUACAUACGUUCAUAUUCCAGGCCAAAGGGAACGAAAACUCCAGCUCGAAAAGAAAUUGGAAGCGCUUCUUCAGCGUGUUGGAGGCUCAUCGUCAUCGUCAACAGCCGACACAACCCCAGCCCUGCAAAUGCCAGACAACCAUGAAGACACGCGGAUGGACGUCGAGAAUUCCCCAGUGGCUCAGGAUACGUCGGUAGAUAUGGAAGCCAGUUGUCAGGGAGAUUUUGAUACUUCACCUUCUGUGCAAGCACCCCCCUCGGAACACUUACCUGUAAAUGUGGAGUCUGGUGCUAAGCUGGAUGCAAAAAAGUUGGAUAGCCGGUGGAAAGGGCUACUUCCUGGCUUGCUGGAGCCUCUGCUUGCAUACAGGAAUCGGACAACUGGAAGAUUUGACCACCACUUUGAGGAAAUUGAGCAGUUGUAUUAUCGAGAGAUUAACGUCCCCUACUGCAAAUGCAGGGAUCUCCACCAAACACUCGUCGAACAUGGCUUCUUUCCGGCAUCUCCUUCCCAACCUUGGGUGGCCUUCAAGAUAGUGCUUCUUGACCUUUAUUGCGCGCUGUGUGAGAAGUCAAGCAAUGCAGUUCAUGCGCUGGCGGGUGCUCUUGACAGGGGUGAGGCACUGCAAGAUCCGAUACAGAGGGGGUUGGGCCAGGUGGUGCAGUGGUAUGAUUGCCUUCUCGUUUUGGAUGAGCGGCGUCUGGAAAGUAUAGUGCAGGGCUGCAGGCGAAGCAUUCCAACCACUGUUUCUACACCAUUACCCACAGAUCCCCCAGCCUCAGCACCGUCAACUUCGUUACCCACCACAACAGCCGAGCCAUCCUCCACUAUCAACGCGGCAGAAAAGCUCCCGGCCAUGCUGGCACCUGGGGAAUGUACAUCGCUUUUGCAACAACUAUGCCCGGCUUGUUUUGGUGGCCGAGAGUUCGGAAGAUCAUUUAACGAGGGCGGCGACAUUCAUGUUGCCCUCGACGGAAACCUUUACCGCCGGCACCUGAAGUUGGCGGGCAAGGGAAUACCCUUCCAUACGUCACAGCGUUUUCUUUCCAAGGAUUUUGUGAACGCCGUAGGCGAUCGAAUUGAGCAGGCACGAAGUAAACCAGCAAAGGCUCGCAUGCCCAAGGUUCCCGAUGAGGCCAUCGAUGCAUGUACUGAGUCUUAUCAGGCUGCACGGGGUGAUGGCGAGAAGAAGAGGACUCAGGAUGUAUAUGACGAAAAUGGUUUAAUGGCCUUAGUCUGUAGGCACGAUAUCCCCAUUUUUGUCGCAUCCAUCAAUACCCCCGGCGAACAGCAGAGAUAUUCUGUUGCGUUACUCGAAGCUCUUUUCACUAUGAUACCGAAGGGAGCAACUGUGGUCGGUCUCUAUGAUAUUGGCUGCGUUCUCGAUCGUAGCCUUUCCACGUACGACCUAUUACCAGAACAAUACAUGGCAAGGCUUCAGCUCGCCACAAGCAUGAUGCACACAUAUGGGCACCAAUGGACGUGCCAGUUAACAUUCAAUCCUCGCCUACGGAAAGGACUCGGGUUGACAGAUGGUGAGGGCACAGAGAGAUUGUGGUCACGACUACGAGGGUUAAUAGGGAUUGAACAUCAUUCAUCGCUGGAUUGUAUAGCCAGGGACCUUCGGGACUCUCUGGGCACAUGGCAACAUCACCGGCUUCAUAACAAUAUCCACAAGAAGGAGAUUGAGGCUUCGCAGACUUUCGCAAGUGAUGGUAUACCAAUGGAUGUACUCCAGGAGCAGUGGAGGUUACAGCAUGAGGCUCAGAUGUCUGUUCGUGCCCAUGCUCCAUCACGCCUCAAGAAGCAACUCAACAAGGUGUUUCAACUCCAAAGCAAAAUCGAGGCUGUCGAAGCGAUAUCGCGGAUAUAA